AUGGCUACAUUGUACACUGGUAAUAACCACGUUAUAGACACAUCAUUAGUGUCUAAAACUUUGAGGAAGUCUACGUCAACAACUACAACAGCGUCGAUACCGGUCACAACGACAAUAAUAACAGCGUCAACACAAAUAAGUGAGGUCAAUUCUUCAAAACAAAUAAAAAACAACUCAACUUAUCCAUCAACGUCAUUUAGUCCUAAUUUAGUGGAUCACCACCACCAUCAUCAUCAAUCUAUUGAUCUCAUGUCUAAUCCAAAUGGUGGACUUGCGUUAGCUUCAGCUUUAGCUGGUAUUUUAGGAUUACCAUUUCUACCGUCAAUACUACCACCAACAUCAUUAAAUUCUACGGCAAUGACUAUGACAACAACAACAGCAACGUCAGGGAUAGAGACAACAAUACCAUCAUCCAUAUUAGAUACAUCACCGUCGGAUAUUACAACUUUUCUAAGCCAACAUCAACAAACACAGCCGAUGUUACCAUUAUGGCUUUCAUCGAAUUAUCAAAAUAAUAAUGAAAAUGUUGACAUACUGACUGAUAAUCUUAUCACAAAUACCACUAAUACUAAUAAUAACAAUACUCCUGCUAAUGUAUGUUGUAAAAAUUCUAAUGGUCAAAUAACAGAUACACUUGGUUCGUCUGGUAUCAAUCUGAAUAUAUCAACUAUGAAUACAAUUCAUUCAAUGAAUUCAUUGUAUGAUAAUAUUAAUAGUAAUAAUAAUAAUACUGUAACCAAUAGUAGUAAUAAUAAUAGUCAUUUAUUUAAUAAUUUUUCAUUUAUUUUACCCUCUCAACAGACAUGCUCUGAUGUAUCUUCAGAUACAGGGUCUGUGCAGUCACCAUUUACACCUGUACAGCAAACAACCCAAUCAACAUCAAUUCAUUUAACUAAUUCAAAUACAAUCGAUCCCAUUUAUUCAAGUGGUAAUCCUAAUAAUAAAUUUAAUGCAGCAAUGUUAUCAUCGAUAAUGACAUCAUCAUCGUCAUCAACAACUACAACACCGAUACCAGUAACAUCACAACAAAUCAAUCUUGAUUCAUCAUCAAUAAAUAAUAGUUUAUUGAAUUCUAUAGAACGUGAUCGUAAACAACGUGAAUUUAUACCGGAUUCUAAAAAAGACGAUAAAUAUUGGGAACGUCGGCGUAAAAAUAAUGAAGCAGCUAAACGAUCACGUGAAAAACGUCGACAAAAUGAUAUUCUCAUGGAAUGUCGUAUUAAUCAAUUACAAAUACAAAAUCAUAAAUUACACCAUGAAUUAAUAGAGUUGAAAUUACGUUUUAAUAUCCCAUUAAAUGAUGAAGAUAAAAAAUUUAUGGAGAAUCAAUCAUCAACGUUAGAUGAUACACAAAAUGAUGUAUAUAAUGGACACCAUGAUCAUCAUCAUAAUAAUAGUGAUGGAGAAUUGAAAUUAUCCGAAAUGGAUUGUUGUAUGAUGUCAACAACCAAGUCAAGAAAUGAUUCAUUGUCGAUGGAUGAUUCACAAAAUGAAAUGUUAUUAAAAAGUGAUCAGUUAUCAUCAGUAUCACCAACACCACCGCCAUUAUUGCCACAGUCGCCUACAACAACAACGAUGUUGAUGACAAUGACGACAGCAACAGCGACAACAUCUUGUACAACAGCGACUGUUUUGCCAGUGUCAGCGCCUUCAAUUGAUCCAUUAAUGAAUUCUAUGGUAAUGACAACGACAUCCUCGUCAUCGUCAUCACCUUUGUUGUUACAAUCAUUAAAUCGGAUGAAUUGUGAACAACAAAUGAGUAUUGAAUUGACAGCAACAAACACUACAACUACAACAUCAGUUCUAUCUAAUAAUCAUAAUCAUACAGUUUCGAAUAAUUUUUUAUUCCCUCAAUUAAAUUCAUUGGAUAACACUGAUUUAUUAACAUUGAAACGUAUAUUCUCUAGUUUAGGUGUUGGAUGUUUAUCAACACCACCGACUACUUCACCAGUGACAAUGAAUAACUCGUCAUCAACAGCAUCAUCAGCUUCUCCGUUAAUUGCGGCAGCGGCAGCCGCGGCAGCUGUUGCCGCAGUUGCUACAAAUGGCGGUUGUACAAUGCCUUUGUCACCUAUUCCCGGAAACAAUAACAAUAGUGUAUGUACAACUUCCACAACAGCACCCUUUAAUAAUCUAUCAUCAUUGAAUACAACAGCUGCACUAUUACUUCGACAAGCUGGUUUGAUGCCAGCAUCUACUACUACUCCUCCUCCACCACCACUGCCGCUACAGUCUACUCUUCCAAUGCCUCAGCACCCUCAAACAACUAGUUGUGGAUUGCACGACAAUAUUUCAGUUAUAAAAAAUAAUAAUAAAAAUGAUAAAUUGUCAUUUUCAUCCUCAGUUAUGCCACUGACAGCGGGUCCCAAUGCUAAUGUUGGUGGCGGUGGAAACGGUGGUGGUCGCUGUUCAUCAGUACACUCAGUCAAAUCAGAUCUAUCUAAUAAUUCAAAUGAUUAUUUUGAAUCUCCAUUAGAUCUUAGUUUAUGUUUGCAAAUUAAAUCUGAAAGUCACAAUUCUGAACAUUUUCUAAGUGAUUCAAAUUCAGGUGCAUCAACCCUGGAUAAACGUUAUCAAGAUCGCCGACGUCGUAAUAAUGAAGCAGUACGUCGUUGUCGUGAAAAUAAACGCGCACGUCUACUUGGACGUACAGAAACUACAGAGAAAUUACAAAGUGAAAAUCGUUGCCUGCGUAAUGAAUUAAGUGGUUUAAGUAUGGAAGUUAAAGCAUUACGUAAACUGCUUACAGUCGGUGGACAACAACAGGAUCAGCAAGAAAAUACUACCGCCUUUACUACUAAAAACAAUAACUGUAUGAGUCGUAAUACUAGCAGUAAUGGUAUGGAUUAUUUUGGUGACAAUAAUGAAAUAAAGUUGUUUGAAGAAACAACAACACUACUGAAACAUGAUCAGAAAGAAGUUCCAUUAUCACCAACAUCGUCCUUAUCACCACGACGACAACGACGACCACCACCUCCGAUAUCAAUGCCAUCUUCAGAUGGAGAUAAUGAAAAAGAAGUUGAGAAUACUCUGAAUAUUGAUCAUGAAACAGAAAUGAUUGAAACUAUGAAUGAUAAUAAUAUUGACAACACUGACGAUGAUAUUGAAAUGCCAAAUUUAACCACCAUGAAUGUGGAUAAUUAUUCCUUGGAUGAUGAUGAUGAUGACGACGACGAUAAUUCAUUGAGAUCUCAAACACAUACUGAUCAUCGUAAGAAAUUAUCAUCGAAUAUCACCAUGGGAAGAUCCUCAUCAAAUGAUCAAAUCAAUAAAAAUGUACAGGUUUUAUUGUCAAAUGAACAUUCCCAGCAUAUUGAUAACUUAUCACAAGAAAAGCUAAUUCAUAUUGCACAGUUAGAUACAAACGACAAUACAAAUGAUACUGCUAUUACUACUACUAAUACUACUAAUAAUGAAAAUAUCAGUUCAUUUGACAGUAAUAAAAUUAUAGAUUGUACUAAAAAUGAUAGUGGUAGUCGAUGUGACGUUGAUGUCGGUGGUAACAUUAUUAGUAUUGCUGUGACAAAUACUGAUGGAAUCCAAUCGACUGAAUUAUUAACUCAUGUAAAUAAAAAUGUAAAUGAUAAACCGACAACUGUCAUCUUACGUGGACGUCGACGUACAUUGAAGACACCAACACAUAAUAAAAAUGCUAAAACUAACAUAAAUCAUAUCAAUCAUCAUGAUCAAAAUACUACUGAUACUAUUGACAAUAUAAUUACUUCUAGUAUUACUCAAACUACUGAUCUGAAUGAUGCAUCAAAUACAUCCAAUAUAAUAUCCGUCCAUAAACAACACACACCUUCCUGUAAUACUGCUACUAACAUCAUAUCAAGUAGUAUAUUAUCGAAAAGUGAAAAUUCUUACAUUCUACCUGAUAAAUCAACUUAUUUUCAAUUAACUAAUGAAUAUUCCACAAGAAAUUCAGGGAAAGAAGAUAGUAUUUUAACUUAG